AUGUCCAAGGAUCAGAGAGAGGAAAUUCAGGAUCACAGCGGGGCUGCAUCCUCUCAGAGCUCCAGCGGGGUGACAGGCAGCUUGGGAGACAGUUCCCAGCUGGACAGAAAUGAUAGCCUGUUCCCUGAAACCUCGAGCCAGUCCAGCCAUGAUACGGCAGACACCGGCUUUGGGAUACAGUCAGACAGCGGCUCAGCGACGACUCCGUCCUUGCGAUCGCAGAAGAUCGCACGAGCCAAGUGGGAGUUCUUGUUUGGAAGCCAGACAGAGGAGAGUCGCUGCAGUAAAGCAGACGCCCCGUCCACAACGCCACCAACCAGCGGCUCGCCCAGCCCCACCCCUCCCUCCUCCCUCCACCUGAAGCCAGCCAAUCAGAGGAGGGGGCGGGACAGCGAGGGUCAUAGGUUGUCGCACCACGAGGUGCGGCAGAUCGAGGUGGAGCUGGUGACCCUUGGCCCCCGAGGCACCAACCCCAAGACGGGCAUCAUCCGCCGGACCAUUAAAUACUCUGAAACGGAUCUGGACGCUGUUCCGCUGCGCUGCUACAGGGAGACCGACCUGGACGAGGUGAUGCGGGCGGAGGCAGAGGCAGCAGAGGAGGCAGAGGCGGACUCAGCCUUCGGCAGUAACCGCAGCGUCCUGGGAAACUCCAGCUUCAGCCCAGCUGGCACCUCCCCGAAACCCCGGACAGGUGGAGGGAAGGAGGGGGAUGAGGAGGAGGAGGAGGAAGAGGAGGAGGAGGAAGGAGUGGUGAGCUGGGCCAGUGUCAGGAUGCAGGGAGACAAACAGAGACAGAGAGCUGCCAAAGAAGAGGACGAGGUGUUCAGUCUGCUGCUGAAGGGGCCUUUGGAGGCGUUGUCUGACACCCACGGUGGCCUCAAGUCUCCGAUCUCCGUUGGCAGCCCCCGCCGACCUUCCGAUAGCAACCUGGACUCCUUUAGCCGCCAUUUUGAAAGCAUCAUGGAGUCUCAUCGGGCCAAAGGCACCUCCUACAGCAGCCUGGACAGUGUCGACCUGCUGACAUCUGGAUCCACGUCUGUGUUCACCUUUGACCUGCCGACACUCACCCCUGAGAUCCAGAGUCAGAUCUGUGACAGCGCCAAGCAGAUCAUUGAGCUUAGUUUCGCCCCGCUGGCCCGUCCGGACCCGGCCGCCUCCUCGGAGAUGUCUCGCUCCGAGCUCACCCUCAGUGUCUCGGGAGCCGGGCUCCGAGGCGGCUCCAAAGACGACUCUGGCCCUCCAGUCCGGUCCAGAUCAGAGAAAGAUUCGUGGCGUCGCUCCAUCCUCAAAGAUGGCUUCCGAAAGGCAACCUCUGCCCCCUCCCUCCACAGCAGCCCCAGGGAGCGUCCGGUGAACCGCCCUCCCGAGCUGCUGUACCCGCAGGCCGACGUGGCCGAGCGUCUGGCGCUCGGCGGCAGCGACGAAGCGCUGGCCAACGGCACCAAGGCCGACCUGCAGGCCGCCAAACGCCUCGCCAAACGCCUCUACAACCUGGACGGCUUCAGGAAGUCUGACGUCGCCCGACACCUCGGAAAGAAUAAUGAGUUCAGUCAGAUGGUGGCGGAGGAAUAUCUCAGUAACUUUAACUUCACUGGUCUGACCAUCGACCAGGCGCUCAGGACGUUUCUGAGACAGUUUGCUCUGAUGGGAGAAACUCAGGAGAGAGAGAGAGUCCUCGCUCACUUCUCCAGGAGAUACAGACAGUGUAACCCUGAGAGCCUGAAUACUGAAGACAGCGUCCACACUCUGACCUGUGCUGUCAUGCUGCUGAACACUGACCUUCAUGGAAACAACGUGGGGAAGAGGAUGUCCUGCAGUCAGUUCAUCUCCAACCUGGAAGGUCUCAACGAUGGAAAAGACUUCCCCAAAGAUCUGCUAAAGACUCUCUACAGCUCCAUCAAGAACGAGAAGCUUCAGUGGACGAUUGAUGAGGAGGAGUUGAGGAAGUCGAUGUCGGAGCUGGCCGACGUCCGAACAGACUCGGCCUCCCACACCAUGAAACGACUGGGCAGCGGAGGAAACCCACUGGUGGGUGUCGCCCAGCAGGCCGAUGGCGAGCUCUACAAGAGCGGCUUCCUGGUCCGCAAAGUCCACGCUGACCCUGACGGGAAGAGAACACCGCGGGGUAAGAGGGGGUGGAAGUCUUUCUAUGCCAUGCUGAAGGGGCUGGUACUCUAUCUGCAGAAGGAUGAGUACCGUGCAGAGCGAGAGCUGACGGAGGAGGACGUGAAGAACGCCGUGUCCAUCCAUCACUCUCUGGCCAUGAGAGCGGCUGACUACAGCAAGAGACCCAACGUCUUCUACCUGAGGACGGCCGACUGGAGAGUCUUCCUGUUCCAGGCUCCGAACGCUGAACAGAUGCAGUCGUGGAUCACGCGCAUCAACGUGGUGGCGGCCAUGUUUUCAGCUCCUCCAUUUCCAGCGGCGAUCGGCUCUCAGAAGAGGUUCAGCCGCCCUCUGCUGCCGGGAUCCAACACCAAACUGUCCCAGGAGGAGCAGGUCAAGUCCCACGAGAACCGGUUCAGGGCGGUUUCCUCCGAGCUGGCCGACCUCACAGCCUCCACCCCGGACCGAAAGGUCAAAGGUCGUGAGCUGGAGGAGCACAAACUCCGACAGGAGUACCUGGAGUUUGAGAAAACCCGUUACGGUACGUACGCCAUGCUGCUCAGAGCCAAGCUGUCAAGCGGAGACGAGGACCUGACGGCCUUCGAGUCUCGCCUGUUUGAUGACGGCGGCCUGCAGAGGGCGCACUCCAGCCCCACGCUGCCUCAGGACACUGCCAACAAGGAGAAAAUCCGAGGGACCAAGACUUCGAAAAGCUUAAAGGUCACGUCAUCUUCGUCCUCUUCAACCUCCAAGACCGGCAGCGCCAGCGCCAGGGAGGGAAGCAAGAAGAAGAAUGGGAGCAACCAGCGGCCAGAGCUGCAGAAACAAAGCAGCAAACCGGAGGAGGCGCCGUAAGGCAGCGAGUUAUACAAAGUGUGUAGCUGGAGACGGACAUGAAGCAUCAUGGGUAGCAGGCUGACAUCCUCCUUUAAACCUUUUCUGUUAAACCUCAGUCAGAUUCUGAUUGGCUGAGGGGAUUUUCCUCCAGAGCCAAGCUGAGACGUUCAAGGUCGGCGGGAGAGGAGACGCUCGUCAUGAAGGAGGAAGAUGAACUGACGCGUUUGUGGAAACAUUCAGGAAACACUAAUGAGGUUUGAAAGGUGAAUCUGAACGCCGUCACUCCGCUGUCACGUUAUUUCUCCUCCAAACACCGACCUCAGCAGGUCAAACAGCUGCUGAGUUUCAGAAUAAAAGCUUUAUUUCCUGUUCAAGCUUUCAUUUCAGGGACUUUCUGGAAGUGUAGUUAUGUUAAAAUGAUGCAGAUGGAGCUUAAGUAUCAGUAAUUAUUUGGUCUCCAGCAGCAGCGUUUGACUCCAGGACCCCUUCCAGGAACCUUCCAGGACCCCUCCAGGAACCUUUCUGGAUCAGGUUUUGUUUGUAGGUACUUUUAUUUUUUCUCUCUCAGAGCGACAAACAGUGACCUCCUGCAUCGACAUCACUCUGCUUCUCCUAGCAACGGACCGGAGGAGCAGGUUGCCAUGCCAACCACAUGUGACAGACAGAGUGCGUGGGACUGUUGCCGCAGUGACCAAGCAAAGGGAAGGAGGGGAUGAGACUCUGCAGUCAGAACUCCCUCGACCAAACAAACAAACAGACAGACAGACAAACAGACAGACAAUACCUCCUCCUCAGCACUUCACAGGGGUGUGUGUGUGUGUGUGUGUGUGUGUGUGUGUGUGUGUGUGUGUGUGUGUGUGUGUGUGUGUGUGUGUGUGGGGUAAAGUAUUGUGAGUACACAGUAGUACUGCGUUGAUGUGUACUUCCAGGACUGUAAAUACAAACUGAACAUGCUGGACGGAGGCUGAUCAGUGUCACUGCAGUUUGUUUUUGUUGUUUUGUUUUGUUUUUUCACAGAGUUCUGCUGGAAACUGAUGAACUGUACAGAGGAUCAUUAGUGACCAAAACUACUGACUGAGCAACAACAACAAAAUGAAUUUAAACUUCAUGCAACACCCAGGUUGACUAGUUCUAUGUUCAUGUGAUUGAAUACAAAACCAGCUAUUGCAAAUUAAAAAAACAAAGGAUAAAAUUUAAUAUAAAAGAUUAAAAUAUUAAUAUGAAGAACAUCAGCAAAAUGGACUAAGAAAAAUAAACACAUUUUUAAAUGUUUGUAAUUAAAAAAAAAUCCUGAUAAUAAAAAUACUAAAAAAAAUGUUACACAGAAUUUAAUCAUGCAAAUCCACAAUGUAUGUUUUUUUUUGUUUGUUUGUUUUGUUUUUUUGGGAAACACUUUGAAUUUACAGGUAAUUUUUGAAUGAUUUUCUAAGAUGUUUCCUGGACACUGUUCAAUAGUACAUUUACAAUUAAUUAAUUUUUAAAAAGAGUCAUUAUAAACGAUAAAACAAAAAUUAGUUUAAACUGAACAGUUUUUGAAGGAGAGUUUUAUUUUACCUACAAUUGGUAGCAAAAACAAAAUUUCUUUCUUCAAGAUUAUUGUGAAAUUAUGGAUAAAGCGUGGGGCUGUACCCAACUCUGAAUUUUCAGUCGAGUCAAAUUUAGCUGUUCAAUGCAACAAUACACAGUCACAGACAUUAAAAACAAUAUAUCGAUCAGGAUUUGACUCCACUUCCUGUAAUUGUUUCAAAUUAAAAGCCCUCUGCAGACGUGUCAUUGCGACUUCAUGAUAUUGCAGUGGUGACAAUAAUUUUCCUACCACACUGUUGUCUUGAUUAAAUGAUUAAAUUGGGCAUAAAAUAUCAGAUAUAAUAAUAAUUCUUCAAAUGUCUUGUUUCAAAGAUAUUCCGUUUACUGUAUCAGAAAGAAAAGCAUGAAAAUAUUUUUAUUAAUGACUAAAACGAUUACUCAAUUCAAAUCAAAAUAGUUGCCAAUUUGUUUUUUAUUGGUUCGACUAAUAUCAGUCGAUUACGGUUUAAAUUAGUUUUGUGCUCUCACUCAGUAGUUUUGUCAUUAAUGGACUUCCAUAGCUGUUCUCUCCGUGCUGGAAACUAUUGAGAGGACACGAUGCUGGAAACUAAUUUAUGUCUGAAUCCGUCCACUUUGUCUCCACAUUCCUCCUGAUCAAUGUGACCAGGAUGAAACAUAUCAAAAAAAGACUUUCCUCUUUAAGUUUAUGUAACUUCAGAAAUAAUGUUGUUGUUGUUUAUUAAUCAAUGAAAGGUGAAAGGUGGCUUCAGGUCACUGUGACAGAGCUGAAGACUCGGAGGCAGUUUGUCCAGCUGGAGACAAGAAUCAGAAGCUGUGAGUUUCAAUCAUUGUGAUGAAACAAACUUCAGCAUCAAUGUUUUUUCUUUGUUCUCAGUCUCCAGUGAAAACAUCAAGUCUCUCUGUCUUCUGUUACAAACCGACACUCAUCACUUCAGUUGUCUUUUUUAAAGUGAAGUAAAUGAAGCUUUGCUCUUUAAAGACAGCUCAAAGUGAAAUCAGUCUCCCGAUUAUCUUCACUACCCAACACUACUCUUCAACAUGCAGUUACCUCUCGCUGCCACUUGGGGUCCCCAGAGUUUAAAGCUGUUCAACAGCAGCACAGAGGUAGAGUGGACGUCUUUGUAUCCUUGAGUUUGGACUGUGGAUAAAUAAUAAUACAUCCAUGGUUUGGACAUUUCCACCAUCUCUAGAGGAAACAAAAGCAGAGAGGCUUCCCUGACUAUUCUCUCUCUCCACAAUCCCAGAAGUCAGUUCAGUUAAACCUCAUCCAGGUUAGGCCAUGUGAUAUAAUAUGAUUAAUUUAUGGAUUACAGGCAUUAGAAAAUCCAAAGAAUAACAUGUCAAAGUGAAAACAUUUCAUUUCUAACAUGGUCCCAAGAUGAUAAGACAAAAACACAAACAUAAAGCUGAACAAUAAAACCCUGAAAUCUCAGAGACAGUUCCAUAAAGUGCCCGCCAUCAUCUCCUGGCGCCCAACUUAAUAAAAUAUAUUAAUAAUGCGGUGGUCAAAAAUCCACAGAGAAUCAAUUAACUUAAACAGAAGACCAUGAGAAGCAGCAAAUUUACACAUUUGAAAACCUGGAAAGUCAAAUAUUGAGCAUUUUUGUUUGAAAAAUAACUUCAACAAUUAAUCAGUUGUCAGACUGUAUUGACUAAUAGAUCAAUCAAUCAAUUAUUGCUGUAGUCCUAGACAUUAUAUUUGACUACAAACACAACAGAUUCAGUAUUGUCAGUCCUGGAUUUCCAUUUGGGGAACGGUUAGUCUCAGUAAAUGUGAAACUCUAAAAACGUCCAGUCACCUUUGGUUUCUUUCUUGUAAUGUAACACUGCAGUGUUUCCCACAUGAUCCUGUUAUCCACUAUGAAUGAUAAUUAUGUGAAAAACUGAACAGACGGGGCUCCAUGUUUCCUGGAGGCUGAACAGUUUAAUAUGUUUAGAAAACAAAUGCAGUAACAGGAGACACCAGGUGGCAGCAGAGAUGAGCUGAUUGUUGUUGGUUCUUCAGGACUCUGAAGAGUUUCUGGUUUCAUUUCAAUUUUAUUACAAAAUAAGUUUCAUUUUAAAACACUGGGUAUGUUGCCUGAAUAUAUCCUAUCAGCACUCCAUCCUCAAAAACAAAAUUGUUACUAAAGUAAAAGUCUUCAGAAUAUUCAUAUAUUCAUUAUUUUGCCAAAGGGUUUGCAUUAUUUUGAAAUGAAACUCUUCAGAUUUCUAUUGGUUUUUACAGGUGUGUGAUCAAGAACACAAAAUGCUGGAACCUUUUUAAUCCUAAAUGAUAAUCUGUGAGUCCAGAUUAUCUGAAAACACUGAAGGGAAACUUGAAGAUCUGGUCUGUGUGAAGACCAGAGUACUGAAGGGAGGAGGAAAGAGGUUUUGAAAUUUUGGCUGCGGUGCGGCUGAGUUUUGGUCGAUUGAAACAAACAGUGAGAAGUUUUCCAGUGAGCGGUGGAAAUCAGUGUCAUUUUGUGAAAUUCCUUAAGGAUUACAGAGACCGAUGCUCGUGUUGCUGAUGGGAAAAACUCCCUGGACUCUCAGUGGGAAUGAGUCAGUUGAUGGUUGCAGAAGAGGAAACACUGAGUGGGACAAACAGAGAAAAGUUCAACUUUUCUUUGGUCUGUUAUCUGGACCUGAGUGAUCGUCUCCACUCUGUUCUUCAGAAGAGGCUGGAAAGGACUUUAAACACAAAUUUCAAAGGUACUGAUGGAAUUAAAGAGCACAUUACAGUUAAAAAGUGUUCAUGGUCAGAAGGUUGUCAGAAGUUGUCAGGUGACCUAAUAAGAAAAGACAGUCUGUGACAACCACAAGCAAUAUCCCCAGUUACAGAUUAAGACACCUUUCAUGCUGACCUUGUUUGAUCCAAACCAAAACAGCAGGUGUGAAAGAUGUCUUUGACCACAGUCCAACCAAAAGAGGUGGUCUUGGUCUGGAUCACAGACCCAGUUUGAACUGCAUAUCCCAUCAGGCCUGACACUGUUUCAGACCCUCCCAUAAGGAGCUAAAAGGAGAAUCAACAAGUCUAUACAUGUUUGUGGGUAGGACUUAAUUUAUAUAUGCUGCUCUGAUUGGAUGUUUUUUUUUUUUUUUUUGUCAUUUUCUUCUUCACAUCUCUGUUUAAGUUCUGUCUCUGAGUUUCUGCUUCAUUUUUAUAAAUCUGAACCUUUCACAAUGUCUCCUCAUCAGGCUGCUGGAUGAUUUCUUUAGUCUGAGUCAGAUGUUGUCCGGACUGGACUGACAAUCUCUAGUUUCACUGGCUUCAUUUCUGACGAUCACUGUGCUUAAAGAUGUUUUUCAGUAUUCCUCUAAGAGCCCAUGGGUUCUUAAGUACCUUUGAAAUGAUAACCAGACCUUUUUCAUAAAGACCAAUGUGAUUUUUGUCCGGCGGCAGGACUGAAGAGCAGAGAGGACAUGAUCACUCUUACGACCCAGAAUCCAUCCAUCAGCCUCUUUUCGUCAUCAUGGACAUGAACACAAACAGGAGGAAUCUAUUUACUCAGUCCACCAGCUGCCACAGAGACGUUCAGAGACAGCAGGGUCCAGAUUUAUCCUCCUGUGCUGUUUGACCCUCACCGGGUCGUAUUUACUCCCUCAACUAUCCAGUAACACUUGUGUAUUUCGGGUGUAUUUUUCGCACUGUGCAAUGUAAAGCAGCAUAGGAUGAGUUUGUCUAAAAGUCAUGGCCGCUUUCAGCUCUUUGUCUGUGUCCAAACCCUGUAAAUAAAUGUACAAGUUCACAUUGAGAAGCCAUAUUGUAGUUGGGCUAAACGCCUAGCUAGCGCUCGCUGCGAUUUAGGGCACUUUGGUUUAGAUAUUUUAGAGUGAAAGCAGUUGUUGAAUCGACCGGUUUAUUUAUUCUGUUCAUCGUCGUUUCCUGAUCGACAAGUUUCUGUGAACGUUUUGUUUUUUCCGGCUUUGCUGCGGCCUGAAUGUUCGCCGCUAGCUGGCCGAGUGAUAGCUGUACAUACUGUCCACAUCCUGUGAGGUUUUGGUCAUAGUGAAACACAAACAACAUGUUUGUAUCAUUUUGAAGGCUUAGAGGCAGAAAUAAAAACAUUUUGAAAAGAA